CAAAUGGGCCACAAACAAAGCGUUGACUUAAGAAAUGGAGGGGGAGUAGCAAUUGUCUCCGGGCCUUCACCGUUCGAUGACUUGCCAGAGGAUUGCAUCUCCAACAUAAUAUCUUUUACUAGUCCAAGGGACGCUUGCGUCGCCGCUACGGUUUCUAAAACCUUUGAAUCAGCUGUCCAAUCCGAUAGCGUAUGGGACAAGUUUCUCCCAUCGGAUUAUCCAUCUCUAGUUCCUCCAUCGCGAGUUUUUUCAUCAAAGAAGGAGCUCUAUUUCGCUUUAUGCGACAAUCCUAUUCUAAUCGACGAUGGCAAAAAGAGCUCCUGGUUAGAGAGAGGGUAUGGGAAAAAGUGUAUCAUGUUAUCUCCGAAGAAAGAUAUGUGGAUCACAUGGGUUAAUACUCCUCAGUAUUGGCGAUGGAUCUCACUUCCUGAAGCUAGGUUUGAAGAAGUACCAGAGCUUCUCAAUGUGUGUUGGUUUGAAGUCCGAGGGGGCAUGAGUACUAAAUACCUAUCUCCUGGAACUCGUUACUCGGCUUACAUUGUGUUUAAGACAAAGGAUAGAUGCCCUAAUCUGGGGGAUGUGCCAGCAGAAGCUACAGUUGGAUUAGUGGGACAAGAAUCUUCUCAAAGAUUCAUAUACUUUGUUGGGCCGCCUCCGGAUCGAAGGAGAGACAGAGAAACGAGAGAUGUAACGAAACCAAAAAUGAGAAAUGAUGGAUGGAUGGAAGCUGAGCUUGGUGAAUUCUUCAAUGCAUCAGGUAUUGAUGACAUUGCAACAAGUGUUCUUGAGACUAAGACUCCUUAUUGGAAGCGCGUCCGAGGGGGCAUGAGUACUAAAUACCUAUCUCCUGGAACUCGUUACUCGGCUUACAUUGUGUUUAAGACAAAGGAUAGAUGCCCUAAUCUGGGGGAUGUGCCAGCAGAAGCUACAGUUGGAUUAGUGGGACAAGAAUCUUCUCAAAGAUUCAUAUACUUUGUUGGGCCGCCUCCGGAUCGAAGGAGAGACAGAGAAACGAGAGAUGUAACGAAACCAAAAAUGAGAAAUGAUGGAUGGAUGGAAGCUGAGCUUGGUGAAUUCUUCAAUGCAUCAGGUAUUGAUGACAUUGCAACAAGUGUUCUUGAGACUAAGACUCCUUAUUGGAAGCGCGGUUUGAUCAUUCAGGGGAUAGAGUUCCGCCCUACCAAAAUCCGGUAA